AUGGGGAGCUUUGAGGAAAGUCAGAAGCACCAGAGCGUCUCCCACGGAGAAGCGGCCAUCAUCCGCGCCCCACGCAUCGCCAGCUUCCCACGGCCGCAGGUGACUUGGUUCCGGGACGGCCGCAAGAUCCCGCCCAGCAGCCGCAUAGCCAUCACCCUGGAGAACGCCCUUGUCAUCCUGUCAACGGUGGCUCCCGACGCAGGCCGCUACUACGCGCAAGCUGUUAAUGACAAGAAUGGGGAUAACAAGACCAGCCAGCCCAUCGCGCUCGCCGUGGAGAAUGUCGGGAGCCCCGCAGACCCCAUCGCUCCAACCAUCAUCAUUCCUCCCAAGAACACCAGCGUGGUGACCGGGACCUCGGAGGUGACCAUGGAGUGCGUGGCCAAUGCCAGGCCCCUGAUCAAGCUGCACAUCACUUGGAAGAAGGAUGGGGUGCUGCUGUCCAGCGGCAUCAGCGACUACAACCGCCGGCUCACCAUCCCCAACCCCACGGGCAGCGACGCCGGUUACUACGAGUGUGAGGCCAUCCUUCGCGGCAGCAGUGCCGCCUCUGUCGUCCGUGGCGCCUACCUGUCUGUGCUGGAACCGCCUCAGUUUGUCAAGGAGCCAGAGAGACACAUCACAGCAGAGAUGGAGAAAGUGGUGGACGUCCCCUGUCGGGCCAAAGGUGUGCCGCCACCCUCCAUCACCUGGUACAAGGACUCGGCCGUGGUGGAGGUGGGGAGGCUAAGCCGCUUCCGGCAGCGAGGCGACGGGGGCCUGCAGAUCAGCGGGCUAGUGCCCGACGACACCGGCAUGUUCCAGUGCUUCGCCCGCAACGCGGCCGGCGAGGUGCAGACCUCCACCUACCUGGCCGUCACCAGCAUCGCCCCCAACAUCACCAGGGGCCCCCUGGACAGCACGGUGAUUGACGGCAUGUCAGUGGUGCUGGCUUGUGAGACUUCGGGGGCGCCCCGGCCGGCCAUCACUUGGCAGAAAGGGGAGCGCAUCCUGGCCAGCGGCUCAGUCCAGCUGCCUCGCUUCACGCUCCUGGAAUCCGGCAGCCUGCUCGUCAGCCCCACGCACACCUCCGACGCCGGCACCUACACCUGCUUGGCCACCAACUCUCGGGGGGCCGACGAAGCCUCGGCCGACCUGGUUGUGUGGGCCCGGACCCGCAUCACCAAGCCCCCCCAGGACCAGAGCGUCAUCAAGGGAACCCAGGCCUCCAUGAUGUGUGGAGUGACCCAUGACCCCCGAGUGACUGUCAGGUACGUCUGGGAGAAGGAUGGGGCCACACUGAGCAUGGAGGGCAACCCCCGCAUCCGUCUAGACAGAAACGGCUCCCUGCACAUCUCGCAGACGUGGUCCGGGGACAUCGGCACCUACACCUGCCGGGUGCUCUCAGCCGGAGGCAACGACUCUCGCAGUGCCCACCUGCGUGUGAGGCAGCUGCCUCAUGCCCCUGAGCACCCAGUGGCGACUCUCAGCGCCGCGGAGAGAAGGGCCGUCAACCUGACGUGGGCCAAGCCCUUCGACGGCAACAGCCCACUGAUCCGCUACGUCCUGGAGAUGUCGGAGAACAAUGCCCCCUGGACGGUGCUCCUGGCCAGUGUGGACCCCGAGGCCACCUCGGUGAUGGUCAAGGGCUUGGUUCCCGCACGUUCCUACCAGUUCCGUCUUUGUGCCGUCAACGACGUGGGGAGAGGACAGUUCAGCAAAGACACAGAGAGGGUCUCCCUUCCUGAGGAGCCCCCCACGGCCCCUCCACAGAAUGUCAUCGCCAGCGGCCGGACCAACCAGUCCAUCAUGAUCCAGUGGCAGCCACCUCCCGAGAGCCACCAGAAUGGCAUCCUUAAGGGCUACAUCAUCAGGUACUGCCUGGCCGGGCUGCCUGUUGGGUACCAGUUUAAGAACAUCACGGAUGCUGAUGUCAACAACCUGCUGCUGGAGGACCUCAUCAUCUGGACCAACUACGAGAUCGAGGUGGCCGCCUACAACAGCGCCGGACUGGGUGCCUACAGCAGCAAAGUCACCGAGUGGACACUGCAGGGAGUGCCCACGGUCCCUCCGGGCAACGUGCAUGCAGAAGCCACCAACUCCACGACCAUCCGCUUCACCUGGACUGCCCCCAGCCCCCAGUUCAUCAACGGCAUCAACCAGGGCUACAAGCUGAUGGCCUGGGAGCCAGAGCAGGAAGAGGAGGUUACCAUGGUGACCGCCCGGCCCAACUUUCAAGACAGCAUCCACGUGGGCUUUGUGUCGGGCCUGAAGAAGUUCACUGAGUACUUCACCUCAGUGCUGUGCUUCACCACCCCCGGCGACGGGCCUCGCAGCACCCCGCAGCUGGUGCGCACCCACGAGGACGUGCCAGGGCCCGUGGGACACCUGAGCUUCACUGAAAUCCUGGACACCUCGCUGAAGGUCAGCUGGCAAGAACCAGGGGAGAAGAACGGCAUUCUCACAGGAUAUCGGAUCUCCUGGGAGGAGUAUAACCGGACCAACACCCGCGUGACGCACUACCUGCCCAACGUCACCCUGGAGUACCGCGUCACGGGCCUCACUGCACUCACCACCUACACCAUCGAGGUGGCCGCCAUGACCGCCAAGGGCCAGGGCCAGGUGUCUGCCUCAACCAUCUCCUCCGGGGUGCCUCCAGAACUCCCAGGAGCCCCCACCAACCUGGGCAUUUCCAACAUUGGCCCCCGCUCCGUGACCUUGCAGUUCAGGCCAGGUUAUGAUGGGAAGACCUCCAUCUCCCGCUGGCUGGUGGAGGCCCAGGUGGGCGUGGUCGGGGAGGGAGAGGAGUGGCUGCUGAUUCACCAGCUCCCCAACGAGCCCGACGCCCGGUCCAUGGAGGUGCCCGACCUGAACCCCUUCACCUACUACAGCUUCCGCAUGCGCCAGGUGAAUAUCGUGGGCACUAGCCCACCCAGCCAGCCUUCCAGAAAGAUCCAGACCCUCCAGGCGCCCCCUGACAUGGCCCCGGCCAACGUGACGCUGCGCACGGCGAGUGAGACCAGCCUGUGGCUCCGCUGGGUGCCUCUCCCAGAGAUGGAAUACAACGGGAACCCUGAGUCGGUGGGCUACAAGAUCAAGUACAGCCGGGCGGACGGCCACGGCAAGACACUGAGCCAUGUGGUCCAAGACCGCGUGGAACGGGAGUACACCAUCGAAGACCUGGAGGAGUGGACGGAGUACCGCGUCCAGGUGCAGGCCUUCAACGCCAUCGGGAGCGGGCCCUGGAGCCAGACGGUGUUGGGCAGGACCCGGGAGUCAGUGCCGUCCUCGGGCCCCACCAACGUGUCUGUGCUGGCCACCACCUCCAGCAGCAUGCUGGUUCGCUGGAGCGAAGUCCCAGAGGCCGACCGCAACGGGCUGGUGCUGGGCUACAAGGUGCUGUAUAAGGAGAAGGACUCAGACUCCCAGCCCCGGUUCUGGCUGGUGGAAGGGAACUCGUCACGCAGCGCCCAGCUCACAGGCCUGGGCAAAUACGUGCUGUACGAGGUGCAGGUGCUAGCCUUCACGCGCAUCGGGGACGGCAGCCCCAGCCAUCCUGCCAUCCUGGAGCGGACGCUGGAUGACAUCCCGGGACCACCCAUGGGCAUCCUGUUCCCGGAGGUGAGGACCACAUCGGUUCGGCUGAUCUGGCAGCCCCCCGCCGCCCCCAACGGCAUCAUUCUUGCCUACCAGAUCACACACAGGCUCAACGCCACCACGGCCAACGCUGCCACGGUGGAGGUGCUCGUGCCCAGCGCCCGCCAGUUCACGGCCACCGGCCUCAAGCCAGAGUCCGUCUACCUGUUCCGCAUCACGGCCCAGACCCGCAAGGGCUGGGGAGAGGCCGCCGAGGCCUUGGUGGUGACCACGGAGAAGAGAGACCGCCCGCAGCCCCCCAGCAAGCCCGUGGUGCAGCAGGAGAACGUGAAGGCACGCAGCGUGCUCCUGUCCUGGGAGCCCGGGAGCGACGGGCUGUCCCCCGUGCGCUACUACACCAUCCAGACCCGCGAGCUGCCCAGCGGCAGGUGGGCCCUGCACUCAGCCUCUGUGAGCCACAACGCCUCCGCCUUCGUUGUGGACAGGCUCAAGCCCUUCACGUCCUACAAGUUCCGAGUGAAGGCCACCAAUGACAUCGGGGACAGUGAGUUCAGCAAGGAGUCGGAACCACUGACCACCCUGCAGGCCGCCCCUGAUGAAGCACCCACAAUUGUCUCGGUGACACCGCACACCACCACCUCCGUGCUGAUCCGAUGGCAGCCACCAUCAGAAGACAAGAUCAACGGCAUCCUCCUGGGCUUCCGGAUCCGGUACCGGGAGCUGCUCUACGAGGGUCUGAGGGGCUUCACACUGCGUGGCAUCAACAACCCGGGGGCCAAGUGGGCAGAGCUCACCUACCUGAACAAGCACCGGCGCUACGAAAUACGCAUGAGUGUGUACAACACUGCGGGCGAGGGGCCCUCCAGCCCCCCACACGAGGUCUUCGUCGGGGAGGCAGUGCCCACGGCAGUGCCCCGCAACGUGGCUGUCCACGGCGCCACGGCCACGCAGCUGGAUGUGACGUGGGACCCACCCCCGCCGGAAAGCCAGAACGGAGACAUCCAGGGCUACAAGAUUUAUUUCUGGGAGGCCCAGCGGCGGAACCUCACGGAGCGGGUGAAGACGCUUUUCCUGGCCGAGAACGGCGUCAAACUCAAGAACCUGACCGGCUACACCACCUACAUGGUCAGCGUGGCGGCCUUCAACGCCGCGGGGGACGGGCCUCGGAGCACGCCGGCCCGGGGCCAGACCCAGCAAGCAGCCCCCAGUGCUCCCAGCUCCGUCAAGUUCAGUGAACUGACCACCACCUCAGUGAACGUGUCCUGGGAGGCUCCGCAGUUCCCCAAUGGUGUCCUGGAGGGCUACCGGCUGGUGUACGAGCCCUGCACCCCCGUGGACGGAGUCAGUAAGAUCGUGACGGUGGAUGUGAAGGGCAGCAGCCCUCUGUGGCUGAAGGUGAAGGACCUGGCGGAGGGGAUGACCUACAGGUUCCGUAUCAGAGCCAAGACCUUCACCUACGGGCCCGAGAUCGAAGCCAACGUCACCACGGGCCCCGGAGAAGGUGCCCCCGGGCCGCCCGGAGUGCCCAUCAUCGUGCGGUACAGCUCGGCCAUUGCCAUCCACUGGUCCAGCGGAGACCCCGGCAAAGGCCCCAUCACCCGCUACGUCAUAGAAGCCAGACCUUCAGACGAGGGGCUCUGGGACAUCCUCAUCAAAGACAUCCCCAAGGAGGUGACGUCCUACACGUUCAGCAUGGACAUCCUCAAGCCAGGCGUGAGCUAUGACUUCCGGGUCAUCGCUGUCAACGACUACGGCUUUGGCACCCCCAGCAGCCCCUCCCAGUCUGUGCCAGCCCAGAAAGCCAACCCCUUCUACGAGGAGUGGUGGUUCUUGGUGGUCAUCGCGCUCGUCGGCCUCAUCUUCAUCCUGCUCCUGGUCUUCGUGCUCAUCAUCCGGGGCCAGAGCAAGAAGUACGCCAAGAAGACAGACUCGGGGACCAAUCCCAAGUCUGGUGCCCUGGGCCAUGGGGAGAUGAUGAGCUUGGACGAAAGCAGUUUUCCUGCCCUAGAACUCAACAACCGGCGGCUGUCAGUCAAGAACUCCUUCUGCCGAAAGAACGGCCUGUAUACCAGAUCUCCUCCUCGGCCCAGCCCGGGCAGCCUCCACUACUCCGACGAGGACGUCACCAAGUACAACGACCUCAUCCCAGCCGAGAGCAGCAGCCUGACCGAGAAGCCCUCGGAAAUCUCUGACUCUCAGGGAAGCGACAGCGAGUACGAGGUCGACCCGAGCCCCCAGAAGGCCCACUCUUUUGUCAACCACUACAUCAGUGACCCCACCUAUUACAACUCGUGGAGGCGGCAGCAGAAGGGGAUCUCGCGGGCCCAGGCCUACAGCUACACGGAGAGCGACCCGGGCGAGCCAGACCCCACCGCCCUGUCCAAUGGCAGCAGCGCCCAGCAGGGCAGCCUCUUUCGGCCCAAGGCCAGUCGGACCCCAACGCCCCAAAACCCCCCGAACCCCCCGAGUCAGCAGAGCACCCUCUACCGUCCCCCCAGCAGCCUCGCCCCUGGCUCCCGGGCUCCUAUAGCAGGAUUUUCAUCAUUUGUUUGAUGUCAUCCUCAUUGUCGGAAGAGGAAAAAGAAAGAAAACACAGCACCAAACUCCCCUUCCGCCCCUCCUCGCACCGCCUGCCAGAAAAGAGAAACACCAAGAAACCAAGUCAACUUUUCACCUCCUGAGUUUAUUUUUCCAGAGAUUCCAGGGCCAGCAAAGCCGGUGUUGAGAAGGAUGGAGAAAAACCACGAGAGGACGUGUGUGGCUUCGAGACUGUGGGGUUUGCUGCUCCUUCGGGGGGCUGAGCAGAGUAGGGGGGCUGGCUGCGGUGGACACGAGUGGG